UGCCAAUUUCACCCAUUGGAACUUUAGUGCGCUGCAACAGCAGCGAGGAAAGUUUUCUAUACGGGUUUAAUCACGGAAUUUGCCAAAACACCGAAAAAGAUGCCGACAACUCAACUGUAGGAUUUGGUCCCCAGCUGAAAAACGAAAAUCAAGAUCUCUGGUUGGUCAAGAAAAAUUCAUCAUCCUCAUCAACUUUAAGUUCAAAACCAAUAACAGUGUUUUACAAUCUUUACUACGAUCUAGGCUUCCACAUGGAGACGAUCUUCUACCGCGAGGUCAGCUUCACCAUUCUCGAGUUGAGUGGUCGACCGGCGAGUCGGCCCACCUGGAGGCAGUACUUCUCGCUGAAACAGGCGAUCAUCUUCGUGGUAGACGCCAGCGAUCACGUUCGCAUUCGCGAGGCUCAGGUGGAGCUGCAUCGAAUGAUUGCCAGCUCUGAGGAGGAGUACUCCAAGUUGCCCAUCUUUAUUGUCGGGACAAAGAUGGACUUGCCCAACAGCCUCGAUGAGCUGACCUUCAUGGAGAUGAUGAAGCUGCACCGCAUUCCCGCCACCCGAAACUGGCACUUUCAGAUGGUCAAUCUGAUGACGGAGCGCAAUGUCUACGAGUGCCUCGACUGGCUGAUGGCGCAGCUGAAGAAGGACAAG